CUUAUCCCCAACUCUGAGAGAGGGACAGAAGCAGCCAGCCAGCCAGGGAGGAUGCAGACUGGGGCAAGUGCUGGGUGGUGCUCUCGGUCCCAGGACGAGCUUGCUCCACUCUCCCUGAGCAGGCUGGGGAGCAGCCCCGGACCCCUGGGGACCCUUGGGAGGGACGGGCCCCAUCCCGGAAACAGGCCUCUCCACCACUCACAACCUCACACAUCACAGCAUCUGUCCUUGCUGAGCUCCCGCUGUGCCAGGCGCUCAUUCCUGCGCCCACGGCCCUUCUGGAGGGCUGGACAGAUGAGGGUUUGGGGGCUUGGGUGACAAAAAGAUGCAGUGCCCACUGCAUUAGCCAGGAUUGGGGCAGGCUGUAUUUUGCUCCCAGAGGUCACCUGCCAUCACCCUGACAUGUGCCCAUGUGGUCCAGACACCACCUAGCUUCAAGUGACCAGGAUGGAUUUUCCAGAAGAGAUGAAAGGGUGGAGGAUACAGACAAGGCAAGGCCCUGGAGGAGGGAGGAGAGGACCCGCCUCCUGUGUUGCACACUUUGUCCCAUCAGAGCAGGGGACGUGCCAUCUCUGCCUUUCUCCUCCCCAGACCCUGCCACGAGCCCAGGACAAGGCCUGCCAGCUGCCACCUUAACAGACAGGGAGGGGGACUGUGGGAGCAGAGGGGCCACGGUCCUCAGCUGUUCCUACAGAUUCCCAGGGGCCGGAAACACCAGGAGAAGGAAGCCGGGGUGGGGGGUGGCGGGGCGCCUGACCACCCUCCACCAUCACAGCCCGAAGCUCAGUGGACUCUGGGCCCUGCCCCCCAGGACCGAGGGUGCAGAGGCAAGGCAGGCAGACCCCCGGAGGCCAGCUUCUACGCCAGGUCCCCGAGGCAGUCUGUGCAGAGGCCGAUGGACCGCCCGAAGCUACUCCACCAUAAUCUCCUGACUUCUCCAGGCCUCAGUUUCCUUAUUGGUAUGAUAGGGGCCAUCCCCAAGUCACAGGCCUGUCUUAAGGACAAAUGAAUGAAUGGAAGCCUUUGUCACAGCACGUGGCCUGGGCAGCAGCCACUCACUCACUCACUCGGUGAAUGUUUACUGAGAGCGCAGACGGGCACCGCGAGGCCUUGGGAUAAAGCAGGGCUAAAGCCUCCUCCAUUGUCAUGGAGCCCGUGCAAAGGGAGCCCCCGAGUCGGCAAGAUUGUCAUGGCUGCUGCCGCCAAGCACCUGACCCCCGUCACGCUGGAUCUGGGGGGCAAGAACCCCUGCUACGUGGACGACAACUGCGACCCCCAGACCGUGGCCAACCGCGUGGCCUUCUUCCGCUAUUUCAACUCCGGCCAGACCUGCGUGGCCCCCGACUAUAUCCUGUGCAGCCCCGAAAUGCAGGCUCGACUGCUGCCCGCCCUGCAGAGUGCCAUCACCCGUUUCUAUGGCGAAGACCCCCAGAGCUCCCCAGACCUGGGCCGCAUCAUCAGCGAGAAGAAUUUCCAGCGGCUCCGGGGCCUGCUGAGCUGUGGCCAUGUGGCCAUCGGGGGCCAGACCGAUGAAAGCGAUCGCUACAUCGCUCCGACGGUGCUGGUGGGCGUGCAGGAGACGGAGCCGGUGAUGCAGGAGGAGAUCUUCGGGCCCAUCCUGCCCAUCGUGACCGUGAGGAGCCUGGACGAGGCCAUCGAGUUCAUCCGCUGUCGGGAGAAGCCCCUGGCCCUGUACGCCUUCUCCAACAGCAGCCAGGUGGUCAAGCGGGUACUGGCCCAGACCAGCAGCGGGGGCUUCUGUGGGAACGACGGCUUCAUGCACAUGACUGUCGCCAGCCUGCCCUUCGGAGGAGCGGGCGCCAGUGGGAUGGGCAGCUGCCACGGCAAGUUCUCCUUCGACACCUUCUCCCACCACCGCGCCUGCCUGCUGCGCCGCCCUGGGCUGGAGAAGGUCUACGCUCUCCGCUACCCGCCCCACACUCCACGCAACCUGAGGGUGCUGCUCGCAGCCAUGGAGACCCGCAGCUGCAGCUGCGCCCUGCUCUGAGCCACCCUGCGCACAGGGGCUCCGAGCGUCCCUCCCAGCUCACGUCUACGAGUCCUCCGCUGCCGUGGCCACCUGAGGCUGGUGGAGACAUGACCUGGGGUCCACGACACAGGGGGAAAACACCUGCCGGGGCCACGGCCCAGACCAGUGCUUGCUCUCCUCCCGCCUGGGGCUUCUCUUUUCAGGCCCUCAGCUGCCCCCCAGCCAGGAUGGGCCAAGGUUUGGGAGCAUCGGAAACAGUGCAGUAACCUGCCCUCCUGCUCCCACGCUGGCCACCUGUGUUCCGGGAGACGAGGGAAGAUGUGGGCACCUCUCAGGACAGAAGGUGCCCUUUCUGUGGAGGGUGCAGAAGGGGUCCUGGCAUCCGGUCCAUGACACACUGCGGGCCUGCUGUGACCUGGGUUGUCCCUGCCCUCUCUGAGCCUGGUUCCCUAUCUGUUGCACAGAGGAGGUGAUUAACACCUCCUGAGAUCAUCUUGAGGAUUAAAUUUUGGAGCUUAAUUGCCGA